UGCUGCACUCGGCCUGUCAUGAGUGUGUUUUAAACGUCACACAGUGAUAUCUGAUCAUGUGUAAACGGCUGGUUAGUGUGUGUUAAACUCAAAAUGCGCACACACACGUAACAUGAGCGAACUCGGGGAUGUUUCGCUUGGUUCACGGGACAGCGACGCCCACGGAAAUGACAGCAGCGUGACCAGUUCCGCUGUUGUCGCUUACGUGGAGACAGGAAGUGUCUUCCGUUGGUUUCCGGAUCGGAGUCUCGGUUGAUGUUGUUGUGUGUCUACGAUGGCCCAGGACGCGCUUUCUCUCCGGGUGUCGGAGAUCAGCGACCCGGCGCUUCUCUUUGAGUGCUAUAACACUGAGGACAUCCGCGGAAUCGAGCGCAAAGUCCGCGGGGAGAUCGAGCAGAAGAGGGAGGAGCUGAGGCAGAUGGUGGGCGAGCGGUACCGGGACCUGAUCGACGCCGCCGACACGAUCGGGGAGAUGAAGCAGUGCUCGGAGAGCGUCGUGCAGUCCAUCCAGGACAUGCAGCAGUACUGCCACAGGCUGAAGCAGGGCAGAGCCAGCGUGGCCAGCUGCAGAGUGGAGAGCCAGACACCGUGGCAGCUAAAGUUCUACACCAUGGCCUCCCAGAUCAAGCUGCUUUUGGAGAUCCCGGAGCGGAUUUGGAGUGCCAUGGAGGCAUCUCACUACCUCCGAGCCACGCAGCUCUACCUGAUGUGCUGCCACCUGCACCAUCUGCUGCAGCUGGAGGCCACUGCAGCAGGCCUCUACAGCUCCGUCCUUGUCCGAUUUCCCAUCCUAAUCCGACAGGUUGCCACCACCGAACACUUCAGGGCAGCCAUUCUGCUGGACAGCAGGGCUCUGCUGAGGGGCCGUGCAGUGUCGGACCAGGCCAUCGCUGAAGCCUUGGUGUCCAUCAUGCUGCUUGAAGACAGCUCUCCUCGGCAGGCUCUGGCUGACUUCUUGUUGGCCCGGAAAUCAUCCAUACAUCAGCUGCUGAACCAACCGCAGCAUGGUGCAGGGAUCAAGUCCCAGGUGUGCAGCCUCGUGGAGCUGCUGGUCACCACUCUGUUUCAGGCCUAUGCCAUCUUCUACCUCCCCCCAGAGGGCAGCCCCAGGCCAGGGGAUGAAGCUUUGAGCUGUGGCAUGCUCUUCUCUGUCCUGGACAACGUCACAUCUACGAGUCCUGCAGCUAAGGACAGAAGGGUGUUGCAGGAAGAUGUGAGUACAGGCAGCUGGUUAAAGUAUCUGCCUGCGUCCAUCUCAGAGUUUCAACCUGUCCUUCGCACCCUGGCUCAGCCAAUCCAGAGGGAGCACCUGCAAGACACUCUUCAACAGUGGAUCGAUACCUGUAAGGAGGACAUCUGCCAUGGUGUUGGAAGCCUUUUGGUCUACGUCAAGAGCCUGAAGGGGCUGGCAGCCAUCAGAGACGCUGUUUGGGACCUUCUGUCAGCAGACUCCAUCAGUCAGCACUGGAGCACCGUCUGUCAGCGUCUGCUGGAGCACCCCCUCACCGUCUGGGAGGACAUCUUGCAGCAGCUUUUCCUCCAGCGGCUGCAGGUCAUCACUAAAGAGGAAACUGAAGCCAUCUCAGUGCUGUCUAUCCAGCUCCUUACAUCCGCCGUCAGGGAUCUGCAGACCCAGAGCGUCCAUUCGUCUUCAGGUGCCCACAGCAGCCAUGGGGCCCAGUAUGAGGUAGAUGUCUCCUCCUUCUUGUGGUUGGAGUCUCCAGGGGACCUGCUGAAUGACGCAGGCUGGUUCAGUGUGAGCCAGCGGGGCCAGCAGCAGCACAGGAGUGGCCUGGCCAUGAAGACGCAGGCGCUCACACCUUGUGUUCAGAACUUCUGCUCUUCCAUUGAUGCAAAGCUGAAAGCCAGACUGGAUGAUCUCCAGCACUACCUCCCCUCCCAGGACGUGGGCUCUGACUCCACUUUGGCCACUGUCCCUUCCUCUGCUGAUCAGCCAUCGUCAUCCUCAUUUAACCGCUUCAUCGACUCCGCAGCAGUGGAGGCGGCGCUGCGUGACGGCUGUUUGGCCUGUGUUCACCACAUUCUGUCCUUCAUCCGAUCACAGCUGGCUGCGGCCUCGCCAGACUCCAGGCCCACCUGCCUCAGUUCAGUUCUAUUCAUGGCCAGGCUGAGCCAGUCUAUGGGCAAACUGUGCCCCAACCUGAAGCAUUGCAUCCUGGGAAAGCAGUGUGGUUUUGACAGCACAGCCAAAGGGACCCCCAGGCAAGGCAAGAAGCUGGGCAAAGCCACAGGCGCUGCAGAGGUCAGGCCUUCCCAGGACAAGUGGGAGGAGCUGAAGGAGGAGCUUCUUGGCUGCAGUAUGGAGGCCUACCGCAUCUGGAGCGCCGCUCUUUCUAAAGGGCUGUUGGAGAAGUUUGGCAUGGUGCUUCAUGCUGAGUCUGCAGGCACCAUCUUAGCUACAGCAACUAACUGGGAGGAUCUGGAAAUCCAGGAGGAGGCUGAGUCUGGAAGCAGCGUUACAUCCAACAUCCGUCUUCCAGUACAGCCAACAUGGUUUGUGCAGUCCCUGCUGUUCCAGCUGUGUGUGGAAAUAAACAGGGUGGGAGGCCACGCCCUUCCUCGCUCCACCCUCCAGGAGUUUCUGCAGACCUGUUUGACUGAAGUCCUGCACCAUUACCACAGCCUGACCAGCAGCACGGAUGCUGUAUUCCCCAUGACGCAGAACAGAGCCCUGCAGUUCCUGUUUGACCUCCGUUACCUGAGCGCUACUCUGGGGAGCAGACUGGAAGAACUGAAGAACUCUCGACCACAGCAAGACCCAAGAAUCAGGGACUGA